UGCCCCACCCUUUCUCACACAAGAUGGCGGCGCCCAGCGGAGUAGAGGCCGCGCCUGGGGUUUGCUGAGGCUCGCUCCCUUCCCUCCUGCUCCCUUGGGCGCAAAGCGCCGCGAGCCCAGAGAACGGGGGCCGGGAGGGGACAGGGGCACCUGCGUAGCUGGACCGCGAGCUCGCGCCCAGCCUGCGCCGCCCCCACCCGGCCCCGGCCUGGCCCGAUCCCUGCCGUUCCCGGUCUCCUCUCGAUCUGACCCAUUGCCCGGCCGUGGUACGCCACCAGCAGGCCUCCAAAGCUGAAAUUUUUCCUCCAGCCCGGGAUCACUUCCACUUUAGAGAUGUUUGGGCUCUUUCUUCCCAAACAGAUCGCCUUCAAAACUGGGAGACCUGGCCCUCUUUCCCUCCCCUGAGACUCCACUUCUAACCCAGUUCUUCCUCAGCUUCUCUCAGAUUGGAGAGACCGUUCACCUCCCUUCCAGAUUAAUCCCUGAGCUCCUUUUCCCCCAAAUAUUGACAACCCUGACACCCCCCUCAACCGGGAGCCAGACUUCUCUUGGACCAACCCCAUAGCCCUAUCAUGGAGGCUGUGUACUUGGUAGUGAAUGGGGUGGGCCUGUUGCUGGAUGUGCUGACCUUGGUGUUGGAUCUCAACUUCCUGCUGGUGUCCUCCCUCCUGGCUUCCUUGGCCUGGCUCCUGGCCUUCAUCUACAACCUGCCACACACGGUACUGACUAGUCUUCUGCACUUGGGCCGUGGAGUCUUACUUUCACUGCUGGCCUUGAUUGAAGCUAUGGUCCGCUUCACCUGUGGGGGCUUGCAGGCCUUGUCUGCGGUACUGUACAGCUGCUGUUCUGGCCUGGAGAGCCUAAAGCUCCUGGGGCACCUGGCCUCCCAUGGGGCUCUUAGGAGCCGGGAGAUCCUCCACCGAGGUGUCCUCAAUAUGAUCUCUAAUGGCCAUGCUUUGCUGCGUCAGAUCUGUGACGUCUGUGCCAUCACCAUGAGCCUGGUGGCCUACGUGAUCAAUAGCCUGGUCAACAUCUGCCUCAUUGGCACUCAGAACUUCUUCUCCCUCGUGCUGGCCCUGUGGGAUGCAGUGAUGGGGCCGCUGUGGAGGAUGACAGAUGUAGUGGCUGCCUUCCUAGCCCACAUUUCUAGCAGUGCUGUGGCCAUGUCCAUCCUUCUCUGGACCCCCUGCCAGCUAGUGCUGGAGCUCUUGGCCUCAGCUGCCCGCCUCCUGGCCAGCUUUGUACUUGUCAAUCUCACUGGCCUGGUGCUGCUGGCUUGUGUGCUGGCAGUGACAGUGACUCUGUUGCACCCGGACCUCACCCUGAGGCUGGCCACCCGGGCGCUCAGUCAGCUCCAUGCCCGGCCAUCCUACCACCGGCUCAGAGAGGAUGUUGUGCGUCUCUCUCGGCUAGUCCUGGGCUUGGAGGCCUGGCGCCGAGUCUGGAGCCGUAGCCUGCAGCUGGCGAGCUGGCCAAACCGGGGAGGGGCCCCUGGAGCCCCCCAGGGUGGCCCUAGGAGGCUGCCCUCAGCCAGGACAUGGCGACAGGACGCUCUUCCUGAAGCUGGGCCCCAAUCGGAGGCAGAAGAGGAGGUCAGGAUGGCCAGAGUGACGGCAGCCCGGGGCCGGGAGAGGCUCAACGAGGAGGAGUCUGUAGCUGGGCAGGACCCGUGGAAACUGCUGAAGGAGCAGGAGGAGCGGAAGAAGUGUGUCAUCUGCCAGGACCAGAGCAAGACGGUGCUGCUUCUGCCUUGUCGGCACCUGUGCCUGUGCCAGGCCUGCACUGAGAUCCUGAUGCGCCACCCCGUCUACCACCGCAACUGCCCACUGUGCCGUCGGGGCAUCCUGCAGACCCUCAACGUCUACCUCUGAAGGUUUCCUCCCUCCCUCCUGCCCACCCCUCCAUGCUCCACGCAGCCAUUUGCGCGCAGACAGCGUUCACACCUGAUCUCUGGGUCCCGGCCUGCAUCCCCUGCUGCCCCCACAGUCAUCGUGCUGAGUCUCUAAGCUGCAUCUCCAGGACAUUGAAAUGGGAAACCCUGGAAGACUGUGACUUGGGUAGGGGCAGGGUAACAGCUUUUCCUUACCCCGUGUGUCCCUGUGAUGCCGAGGGUGGUGAGGGUGUCGCUCUGCAAGGCCCUGGAGACUGUUCACUGUGGAUUCCCUCCAGCCUGCCAGGGCCCACCCUGAUGCCAGCAUUAGGGACUCCCCCCACUUCGCUUCUGGUUUUUCUGUUGCGGAUUUGUAGGUUCUCUCCUUGCUCCCUGCCCACUUCCUUCCCAGCUUCUUCAGCCACGCACAUCAAUGUCAUUUGGGUAUUUUGGCAACUCAAGGGCCUUAGAAUGAUCUUGAACAUUUGCUUUCAGCUGGAGCUGCUAUGCUCUGGCAGGCUUUGGGGGUAGUAUAUCUCAGGUGCCCUUUGAGCUGCUUCUACCUGUUGUGAUCUUACAAGACUCCCUCCUUACCUGACCCGACAGCUGGGAUCAAGCAUUAUCCCCCAGGUGUGUGUGUAUGUGUGUAUGUUUGCACCUGGCUUUGGGACCAUGUACCCUCUGAUACCCGGCACCACUGGGAACCUCAGGAGGGAUAACCAGAUUUCUAUUCCUCUUCCUUUCACUCCCCACAUCACAGGGACAAAAAUGGUAUUCCCCUUCUGUCCGUCUCUCCCUGCCACUGGGGAGGGCAGACUGCACAUUUCACUAGGGUCCAAAUACAGAAGGAGCCAGGGCUGAGGGGCAUGUAGCUCCCUGAGGGGUCCGCCUGGCCCAGGAUCCAAUGAAUAAAGUUGUGUUACAGCUCUGA